CUCCUUUCCCACAAUUCAUUCUCGACUUUGCACUCCCACCGCCUAAAUUCGACCAUAUCGAUCUCAACAAAAGACUUCCCGCUCUUCAAGCAAAGUACAAGCAUCCCAGGUCAAUUUCGCACCAUCAGAAUUAUCUUCGCGACAGAAACGACACCAUGCAACCCCUCGGCACCAGGAAGCGCAAGUCGGACCAGUUGGAGAUAACUAGCGACAAUCAGUUCGCGGUUGACAUGGCCAGCCAAAAAGUCCCCACCAAGGAGGGCAGCUCCCACCCCAAUGAAAGCCCAGCCAAAAGGCAGCGAGUAGGAAUCACACUUGCGCAGAAGCAAGCACUCAUCGAUAACCUGCACCUCGAGAUCACAGAGCGCGCCCGCAAGCUCCGAGCCAACUACAACAUUCACGCGCAAAGUCUUCGUACGCGGAUAGAAAUUCGCGUCAAUCGCAUUCCCCUGUCUCUGCGCAAGCUCACCAUGGGGGAGCUGUUGGAGAGGUACUCGAAAGAUCCGCAACAAAGACAUGCCGCGAACACAGGAAGCGCCCGUGGCCCCCCUGUUCCCGCGAAGGAUUCGCCCUCUCGGCCACCGACGAGAGGAGCGACGAUCUCGGCGCAUCCGGUUAAGAGGCGAAGCCAUGAGAUCUCCGGCGGAGACAAGGAGAACCAGGUCCAAACUCCCCAAAAGAAGAUGCGCGCCCACACUGGCGCCAACGUCGCCCGCAACCCCGCACAUGUCCUGUCGCCGACCACUUCAAACUCGAGAUUCACCCCCCGGGCGGCUGCAACGCCCGCUAGGUCAGGCAUAGCCCGCCCAGCCCCCACCCCAGGCAGAGCGGCGGCCGCAACCAACAUCCUCAACAAGAUGGUCGAAGGAACCAAGUCGACCAGCCGACCCCCGAUAACAACCACAGGCCGCAAAACCCUAACCUCCUCCACCACCGGACCAACCACAACAUCCACAGCACCAACCUCAUCCUCCUCAUCCGCAGCAGCAGCCGCCGCCGCCGCCGCCGCCGCCGCAAGGCGCAAGCGCGGCGCAACAGUCACAGCAUCCAGCAACCCGCCCUCCUCAGCCUCGAGGCCGGCCACGCGGACGGCUCGCCGGGCUAGCGGCGCCAGCGAGUCCAGCGAGGGCAGCACCUCGACGGUGAUCCGCAAGCGGCCCAUGACGGCGCCCCCCGGCGCCCAGCCGAAACCGCCUCCCACCCACCAGCAGCAGCAACAGCAGCAGCAGCAGGCGGGGAAGCGGACGACGGUUAUGGGGUCGGUUAAGAAGAGUGUUGGUGUUACGGGGGGUGGUGGGGCGGCGAGGAAGGGGCCUGCUUCUUCCGCUGGUGGUGGUGGUGGUGGUGGUGCGAAGGCGGCGGGUGGGACGGGGAGGGUGUUGCGGAAGAGGGCUUGA